UCUGAGUUCGUCUCUCGAGAGGUUAGGGUCGUUAUCGAUUUUUUCGCCGUUAAAACCGUCGUCUGUGAUAUACUGUCAGAUCGCGGUGUGUGAACGGGUGUGCUAAUUACUUAUUAACGGUGUGAUAAUUGUGUGAAAUAUGUUGUGUGCAGUGUUGAGGUGUUAUGUGGUGUUACGGUGUUGCAGUGUUGUGAAGUGUGGUUAGGAUCCGCCAUCUUGUGAGGGAAUAUUGGCGGUGUUGUAUCACAGAGCGUUGUCCUAACACCAUGCGACCAAAAUUCACUCGUUAGCUACAAAUUAUAUUCCAUCGAAUUGUAGCGUCGUGACUAAACACCGUCAUGAGAAGAGUUUGUUGAUUAGGUCGCGAGCGACAAACGUCUGUCGCUAGCUGCCAGAAUUCAAUCAAUCACUGGCGACAAAAUUCCAGUUGUAUGUGACUAGCUACACAAUGUUUCUCGCAGUGACCGGGGGGCUUUAGUUGCUAGCUACAGAAAUACAUAGUCAGGCGACAAAAUUUUCGCUAGCUACUUGAACCACGAUGUAUUUAGGUAUGACAGGGGGCUGUUAAUUGUUGGCUACAAAACUAGUCGUUAGCUACAAAAAUCACAAUGUAUUUCGGUGUGACAGAGGGCUGUUAGUUGUUGGCUACAAUAUAAAGCGACAAAACCAGUCGCUAGCUACAAAAUCACAAUGUUCCAAGUGCCUACAGACGGUCGCUAGCUACAGUCAUGCCACGUGCCGUGCCCGGCGCGUCUGUCGCGGUCGACGGGGGCGCUACGCCCGCCCAAGAGACGCCCAAGCAGCGCGCCCAACGCAACAAGCGUCGCGAGCGGGCGCAGAGAAUGCAGGCGCAAAAAGCGGAAGCCCAGGCGCAAAAGGCACAGAAUGCGCCCUUAAAGGGCGCCCCCAAGAGUGCAGCUACCAAGGCGUCGGUAUUGGAUAGUGGUGAGGAAGAAGAGGAGGAAGCGGGGGCGGUGAAAGCGGCAAGGCCUCCUAGGCCUCCGCCCCCGAGUCGACGAAAAAAGGAGAAAAACAAGGAGAAACAAGGAGAGCUGUUCGAGGAGGAUGUUGUGGAUGGAUUCGCCAUUCUUUCCUUCAAGACCUACGAUGAUUUACAGAGUACGGUAAUGGCAUUAGCUACAGGCAAGGCGAAGAUUCGGGGAAGUACAGUCACCCUGGGAAUGGAGGCUCCUACGAUACCGGACCGAACAACGCAACAACCGCUCCCGCUCAACAUCCACCAAACCAACAACCACCACUCCCCGCCUUCCCCUCUCCAUCCCACCCCCACCCUACCAACCCUCAACAACAACCACGUGAAUCACAACAACAACAACAUGAGGCUGCCAACAACACCUCUAGCCGAACAACCGCAGCCGAACAGUGUUGCCAAUAACAACACCAGCAACGGACCCAGUGCGGUUGUUGGCAGCAAUGCCUUAUUGAAUAGUCACAGUAUAAAGCGAGAGCCUGACGAUGUUAUCAAUGAUGAUGAGAUGAUGCCUCAGAUGCCUUCCACCCAGCUCCCCGCCUCACAACCGGCGGCCCCUCAGCAACCCCCCCAGCCACAACCAACCCCCGUGGUACAACUACCCUCGGUGGUACUGACCAACCACAACCAUUUACAUACCCCAAACCACCACUACAACCCUCGCCAGACCUACCACAAAGAAGGGGGCACCCAGCCCCCAUCUGUCCCCAUCAACGCACCCCCCUCAAGGACGUCUCAGCUCGAAGGGGGGCAUCCGAACCCCAGUCACCCCCCGCGGGGUGCCACGAACCCCAGUGUAAACCAGGGCGUGAAUAGUAGUGUGAAUAAUAGUGUAAACCAGGGCGUGAAUAGUAGUGUGAAUAAUAGUGUAAACCAGGGCGUAAACGGUAGUGUAAAUAAUGUGAAUGGUACCACUGGUCGACUUGUGAUAAAUCAGCAGCUUCAGCAGCAAAUUCAUCAGCAUCAGCAUCAGCUAAUGCAGCAACAUCAGCAGCAGAGUGCAAUGAUGCAUCAGCAGAAUGCAAUGAUGCACCAACAGCAGCCACAAAUCAACCACCCGCAGAGGGAUAGCUCGCAUGACCGGUUUAGUGAUGCAAGCAGUCGCUGUAGUAGUGGUCGAGGAUAUAUCUGUGAUAGUGAAGGCGACGAUGAUAAGGGUUCAGAUGCUGGAUCCGUACUAUUCCCGUCUUCUCCAGUCGUUAGGAAACACGAAUUACCGGCGAAACACCAUGUCAACAACUCAACCACCGCCGGCAACCGAGUCUCCCCAAUUGUGGGGGUCAAAAGGGGGGCCAGCACCCCUUCGCCUCCCACCCCUCUUCCCCCACCACCACUGCAAUCAGCUGUUCUUCCCCCGCACCACAGUCCGAGUCCCCGAUCAGCUGUUGCUGGUCCCACCCCGCCCCUUGCCCACAUAAAGCAGGAGAGGUUACCCCCGCCACCAUCUUCGGGGGGUCCUCUGACACCCCUGGGGGGUCCCCAGCCCCCCUUGGGUCCCCCGGGGCCCCCUGGAGGUGUCUCCUCGGCAACAACCGCUGGACAUUAUCCGCCUAUACGGCUCACCAGUAUGGCUAGUAUGGUUGGCCAAUGCAACGGAGCCCCUCCACCGCCCCCCAGCCAUCACAGACCUCCAGGACCGCUGAUGAUGACGUCAUCACCGCAACCAGUUGUGAGCCGAGCAGCAUCGACGACCAGCACCUAUGGAGUGCCACCUUCUGCCGCUGCCGUGUCUUCCAGUCCGGCGGCACAGGGCACUCUAUUAUCUACUGCCACUACGACCACUAGCAGCAGUUACCCCCCAGCUGUGGGGCCUCCGGCACCCCCUCCCGCGCUCUAUGCGCCCUAUAGCAGUACUCCGUACAUGUCUACUGCUAUGCCGCCUAGUUCUCGAGUGAACCGAUCUCCUUUGCCUGUGAUAUGUGGAAGCGGUGGCCUGGGAAACCGUGGUGACCGGGGCGUGGUGACCGUGACAGUGGCAUCCACCGUGGUGACCACCACAGCGACCACCACCAGUCACCGUGACCUCGUGGUCAGCACGCCUCUAGUGGGGCGCAGUCACUCGCCACGGGGGCAUAGUCCCACCAGGGAACGUGAUAGCUACAGCAGCAACGUAAGCAGCUUGAGCAGAGGCAGUAGCGUCCCAACGCCUGUAUCAGUGGCGCCGUCUGCCAACCAGUCGCCCUACUCACACACGCACCCGCAUGCGCAUCCACAUGCGUCCCCGCAGGGUCCACCCGCACAAGUCUCAUCUAGUCUCACCGCGUCAUCACCCUCGCCUUACAGCAGCAAAGCGCCUGUGUGGGGUGUCGGCAGCAGUGCACCGUCACAGCUAUCACCGGCCGCCUCCGUUCCAGUUCCCGUUCCUGUUUCCAGGCACCACCCGCAUCACCCCCCGCCACCCCACCACUUCGCCCCACCAUUGUUUGCCCCCGGGGCGGCUUCGGCCGGUGGAGGCCCUACUGCGCCCACUGCGCCACCCGGAGGGCCCCUAGGGGCUCCCCCUGUCGUGGUACCGCCUCCGGUAUCAGCCGCGACAACCGCCCCCAAUCCGUUUUCGGCCGAGUCGCUGUUCCAGUCAAGAUGUGCUCCCUCUCUCUCUUCCUCCCUAGGCGCCAAGUCAGCCAUCAGUCCUUCUCACAUCAAAAACCAAGCCGACCUCCUGCGUCGUGAGCUGGACUCUCGGUUUCUGGCGAGUCAGCAAGAGCGCGCUGCAUUGCUGAUCAGUGCAGCUGCAGCUGGGCUGCCCUACCUGCACCGCACCGAGAUGCACCAUCAUCAGCAUCAGCACACGCAUGUGCAUCAGCACCACACGUCAUCGGCCCCCGGGGGCGUGGGCUUGCCGCCUCCACCGCCCCAGCCACACCAGCCGCCCCCAACUAUAUUCACGCCGCCUAUUAGAUACCAAAGACGAGAAGUCAAAGAAUACAAAUCAAACGUUCAAAACUGGAUGAUGAAUUACAAUGUAAUUAUUUUAUGUUCAUAUUUCUCUGGGGUUUUAUGUUUUUAUUGUCAAAUUAAACUAAGUAAAAAUUUGGGUCUCAGCAGUUAUCCGGGGUUUUCUCCGGGACUUUUACACCCCACUAUAGGGGCAGCCACUCCUUUUGCCCCUCCAAGUCACCUGCCUACAUUCACGCCAAAGCAACUGUCCGAGACCUCCAAACCCAAACCUGUGAAAACGGGAAAAUGGAACGCCAUGCACGUGAGAAUCGCUUGGGAGAUCUACCAUCACCAACAAAAACAGGCAGCCGAAGCAAAAGCGGUCACCAAGACAGAGCAGAUGCUGGGGCCACGUCACCACUUGGGGGGCGCGCCCCCUGUGGCCCCACCCACUGGUCCGAGCCCCUUUGUGGGGGGCGCAGUGCCCGGGGGGCCUGUGCCUCCUCCCCCCUCGCAUCGGACACCGCCAACUCCUUUCGAUGCCGCGUCGCCUUAUUCGUCGUUGGGUGGCAGUGUGUUUGGAAGGUAUCCAGCUUCGGCUUUUCCUACACUGACAUCUGCCUUUCCACAUGCUCCUCUGCAUGAUCCAUGGGCAAGACUACAACCACCUCCGCGACCGUCCGGCUUUGCGGCUGCCGCAGCUGCGGCGGCGGCUGCAGCAGCCGCAGUUCAGUCGCCGUGGACUGCGGCUGCGGCACUGAAGCCGGAACCGCGGGAACACGACCAGGAGAAGGAACGCGCGGCGGCAGCGGAACGGGAACGGGAACGGGAACGCAGCCGGGAACGUGAACGCUGCAGACGAGAGGAGAAACAGAGACGCAUGAUGCAGGCGGCGGCGCAUACUAAGUCGCAGGUGAGAGAGCGUUCUCCCCUACGCAGCUCCGAACCCAACCCAUCUACCACUGAUAGAGGGGGACUCGCACCUCCCCCUCACUCCUCCUCCUCCUCUCAUGCCCCACCCUCCUCCUCCUCCACCUCCUCUUCAUCUAUGUCUCAACCCCAUCCUCCCCCCUCCCACCAUCCACACCCUCAUCCCCACCACGCAGCUCAUUCGGCAGGAGGGGUAAUCAAGAGUGAAGACAUGGGUGGACUGAUGGGUGCACCCUCCCAUUACGGGGCCCCACCGGGCCCUGCCAGAGGGCAUCCCCAUGCUGUCGUACCCCAGCCACCCCGUACCCUGCCGCCGCCUCAUCACUUCGCGCCCUGGGAUCAUCCUUCCUAUAGGUUCGACCAUCUGAGGUACAAUCAUCCCCUAAUGUCAGCCGCGUUCAGAAGCGAGGAGGAAGAACAACGUGCCAAACUAUUUGGGGUAUUUGCGCCCCCCGUGGGUGUAGGGGUGGGGGGACCCCCCGCUGCACCCCCUCAGCACCACUCCAUGCGCCCCCUGCCUCCCAAGGAUCCCCACCACCCCAAGAAGGAUGAGUCAUCGCAGAGUCGAUGAUCCCAGCAGGAGCAGGAGAAGGAUAAUGCCAAAUGAAAGAAUUUUGAAAAUUUAGUUUUUGGGGAAGGAGUUGUGAAAAUCGAGGAAAACGUUUGAAAAUCAAUGACCAAAUAGAUAAGGUUUUUUGGUAAGAGUAGUUGGUAGUGAAGUAGUUGAAAGAAUUAACAGGAAACUGUGUAAAAUCAACGAGACUUGUUAAAAAAUUAACUGGAAACGUUGGAUGAAAUUCAACGAUGACCAAAUAAGAUUUGUUGAGUAAUGUAAUCGUGAAGUAGUUGAAAGAAUUAAUAGGCAACGUUGUGAAAUCAACGGGACUUGUUGAAAAAAAUUAUCUAAAAACGUAGGAAGAAACUCAACGAUGACGAGAUUUGUUAAGUAAAGUAAUUGUGAAAUAGUUGAAAGAAUUAACGGGUAACGUUGUAAAAUCAACAGGACUUGUUAAAAAAGUCAACUGGAAACGUUGGAAGAAAAUCAACGAUGACCAUGUAAGAUUUGUCGAGUAAAGUAAUCGUGAAGUUCAACCUAGUUGAAGAAAUUAACGGGAAGCGUGUAAAUGUAAACUAGAAACUUCAUCGUUGAAAAAAAUUGAUUGAGAAAAUAAUUUAUCUACAACAAAUCAUGAAGUUAAUAAAAGUUCUGAAAGGGAAAAAGGUGAAGGAAAAUCUAUAAGGACCAAAAAGAAAAGAUUGUUGAAAGAGCCAACAAAAAAAUUGUACGAUUGUUUAAGAAACAUCAAACAAAAUAUUUUUGGUUUAUUAAGGUGAUUGUGAUAAUUCAUGAGAAUCUCAUAGAGAAUUUGUGGAAAGUAAUAAAUUUUAUUGUGGAAAUUAAAAAAAAGAACAUUGUCAAAAUAAUUAACUGAAAUCAUUGUUUGAUUGUUUUAGAAACAUUGACAAAAAAGUUCAUUUGUUAAGGAAAUUGUGAUAAAAAUGGGAAUCUCUUGUGCUAGAUUUGAGUCUAAUGAAUUCUUAUUUCUAAACGAAUAAACAUUUUUAUAGAUAUAUUUUGUUGUACAUGAAAAUAUGUGUACUCUUGCAUAGUUCUAUGCAUGGAAAUAGUCAAACAGAUUUGGUGCUCCCAUAUUCUGUUAUAAAUUAUUUACAUGUUCGUGGUAUUAAUUACUAUUAUUACACCCAUUUGUUUGAAUAUUUAUUAUCGAGUAUAUGACAGAACUCUAGAAUAAAUAUGAAUGAAUUAUUUCUUUCUUGAAAAUUGAAAAAAUUCCUCACCCCUUCUGUAUUGUUGACAAAGUCAUGUUCUAUUAUUGAAUUUUAUUUAGGUUUGAAAAGGCUGUAUUGAAUAAACGGUGACUAUUAAACCCAACUUUCAAAUGAGUUUCUGCUUUGCGUGAACAGAAAUAGAUUUGCAUUGUAUCUUAUGGCAGUGUUCACAAUCUGGCAGAU